UAAUGGCCUCUGAAGACACGAAAGACACUGUUACAGUUGGAGAAUAUUUAGAGAGACAAAAGAGUUUAGAGAGGGAAGCAGCUGAAGUUUUACCUUGGAACUUCGAUAGCUGUACAUAUAACAAGGGGUACUUGCGUCAGGCCGUGUAUGCCUGUAAAACCUGCAAGCCAAAGUCUGGUUUCGGACCGGGUGGUGUCUGCUACUCUUGCUCAAUCGCAUGUCACGCAGAUCAUGAACUUGUUGAGUUGUUUAACAAACGUAACUUUAAAUGUGAUUGCGGUACGACACGUCUUGGGGGAAAUACGUGUCAGUUAGAAUCUAAGUCAAAAGACGCGUUAAAUGAGUUAAAUUCGUACAAUCAUAAUUAUGAAGGGCGAUUUUGUUGGUGCAAAAUCGAUUACGACCCGGAAAAGGAAGAAGCAAAUAUGCAUCAAUGUGUUAUCUGUGAAGAUUGGUUUCAUGAAAAUUGCAUUAAUGGAGAAAGACAAGGAGAGAAAGUUUUUUCGGUGCCAGAACUAGAUACUUUCGAUGAAUACAUUUGUCGUGGAUGCACGAGCAACUAUGCCUUUCUCAAGUCGUAUAAAAGUUCUCACAUGUUUUUCUCCGGUCAAACCAAGAGGAUUGGUGAAAUGAAAUCAACAGACAAGGAACAUUCUGUGCACGAAGAAACAUCGUGCAAUUCUCCCAAUAGUUCCAUAAAUGGUCAAUUGUUACAAACUGAUAGUUUCAUUUCAACAAGUAAAAGAAAACUAGAGGAUGAUCAAGAGAUUGAGAGCGAGAAUAGCAUAUUAAAAAAAAAGAAAAGUGAAGCGCAAUGCAAGCUCGAUAUAUGGAAAAUAGAGGAUGACAAAUUUGAAGUUGACUUAUUUUGCAUUCAAGGUUGGCGUGAUGAACUCUGUCGUUGCGCUAAGUGUAUGGAUCUCUAUAAAAAGCACCAUAUAGAAUUCAUCUUACAAGAAGAAGAGACGUACGAGCCUCCACAAGAUGACGAAGCGCAAACGUCAUUGUUUGACAGUGGAAUGAAAUUAUUGACACAGAUGGAUAGGAUUACUGCAAUUGAAGGGGCAAUCGCAUACGCCAAAUUGAAAGAUGAAUUGGUUGAAUUUCUAAAACCUUUCGAAGAAUCAGGAAAAACGGUAACCGAGAAAGAUAUAAGAACAUUCUUUGAGUCCAAAAGGAAUGAGCGCAACAUUCCGGAUGCUGGAUCAUUCUUUUGA